AUGUUCCGGUGCGGAUCCAGCGCCAGAGCGGCUCCAGGGAGUCCGAAAGGACGCCCAGACCUCCUUGCUUCUCAGAAGACUAGUCUGGCACUUGCUCUGCUCAUGCCCGAAAAAUCUAUUUGCAGCCGAGAGGUGGGAUUUUUAUUUAAAUUCCUGUGUAUAAAACAAGGGAAAAAUUGUGUCAGCAUACUUGCUAUAAAUGCAGAUUUAUUAGGAGCUGUACUCCAAGUAUACACUUACAUGCCCGGAAUACCCAUUACCAGUGCCUCGUACUAUGCCACCAUGACGCUUGAGCAGGUUAGGCAUGUAUUUCGCUCUGACACGGAAGUUCCUAUGCCUUUGAUUGAGGAGAGACACCGGGUGCUGAAUGAAAGUGGAACAGUUCUGCUGGAGAAGUUUGGAGGGUCUUUCCUCACAUGUGUUAAAAUGAGUGAAAAAAGUGCUCAGAAGCUACUACACUUGGUAGUGGGAAAUUUCCCUUCUUACAGAGAUGAAGCUAUAUUUGAGAAUAAAAAAGUGACCUUUUACAAACGAGCACAAAUACUUGUGGCUGAUACCUGGAGUGUGUUAGAUGGCAAAGGAGAUGGCUGCUUCGGUGACAUUUCUAGUCUGACUAUAUUUGCUGACUACAGGAUCCCUCAAGUUCUCAUUCACUUUAAAGCAAUGAAAUACUCCGAGGAGCUCAUGAAAAAACUCCGCAAAGGAACAAUUCUCCAGUCUGGAGACAGGCAGGAGGUGGAGAUCCGUGGUUGCUCUAUCUGGUGUUGUGCAUUGAUUUGUAAGCAUCUGCUGGAGCUCUAUGAGAAGAAGGGCCAGGACAUGCGUGGAAAGAUCAAUGCGGUUUUACUUGACUACUAUCUUUGGGACUAUGCCAGGGAUCACCGUGAAGACAUGAAAGAUACUCCGUUUCAUAGAGUACGGUGUAUAUAUUAUUAA